CCCUACAUGUACGUUCUGGCAGCUGUGGAACUUGAAAGCAAUGCCUUUGGUUUCUUCAUGGACACAACUAUCACCAGGAAAUGCAAUUUACUACUCAUUAACAGCUAGUCAUUUCAUCGAACACAUCGCGGACAUGCUCUUUAUUCCUUGCCCCUUUUCCAGUUGCAAAUCAAUGCAUAUGAAUUGACACUCAAAACAACUUCAAAGGGUUCAUCAAUUCUGGAAACAAAAGUGUUAACUAGUCAAUCGGAUGUCGGUUUCUUGUGGGGUGGAAUGUGUGGUGAUUUUGGGUUGCAUUAGGUGGGCAUGGAAGCGCUGCACCUAUAUCGGCAGCGACGACAGCGCUACCUGGUCCACCGCUACCCAUGAGGAGUUCGAACCUAUCCCUCGUGUCUGCCGCAUCAUAUUGGCCGUGUACGAGCCCGACCUCCGUUGCCCCAAGUAUACCCCCGCCGGUGGCUACCGCUUGAACCCCGAUUGGGUCAUCAAGCGUGUCACCUACGAGGACACACACGGCCACGCACCGCCUUACAUAAUUUACCUUGACCAUGACAAUCGUGAAAUAGUACUAGCCAUUCGUGGGUUGAAUUUAGUUAAAGAAAGUGAUUAUAAGUUGUUAUUGAAUAAUCGGUUGGGUAUGCAGAUGUUUGAUGGAGGGUAUGUGCACCAUGGGUUGUUGAAAUCGGCUACAUGGGUUUUGAACCAUGAAUCAGAGACCUUGAAGAAACUAUGGGAAGAGAAUGGGAAAGAGUACAACAUGGUUUUUGCUGGGCAUUCAUUGGGGUCUGGGGUCGCAGCGCUUUUGACUGUGAUUGUGGUGAAUCAUGGGGAUAAACUAGGGGGGAUUCCGAGAAGUUUGGUGAAGUGUUACGCUGUGGCUCCGGCGCGCUGUAUGUCACUCAACUUGGCCGUGAAGUAUGCUGAUGUUAUAUGCUCGGUCGUGUUGCAGGAUGAUUUUUUACCAAGAACACCCACUCCAUUGGAAGAUAUAUUCAAAUCCAUCUUCUGUUUGCCGUGCUUACUGUUUCUCGUGUGCCUGAGGGAUACCUUUAUACCGGAAGGUAGAAAGCUCGGAGAUCCAAGAAGACUGUAUGCACCCGGUCGAAUUUAUCACAUUGUGGAAAGAAAAUUUUGCAGAUGUGGAAGGUAUCCUCCAGAGGUCAGAACAGCCAUCCCUGUUGAUGGAAGAUUUGAACAUAUUGUCUUGUCAUGCAACGCUACAUCUGAUCAUGCUAUUAUUUGGAUAGAACGAGAGGCAGAACAUGCUCUAGAAAAGCUGAAAGAGCUUAGUACAGAAACCACCACGACCCCUCCUAGAGUCCAAAAAUUUGAUAGGAAGCAGACAAUUGAAAAGGAACACAAGGAUGCUUUAGAGAGAGCUGUGAGUCUGAAUAUACCUCAUGCUGUAGUCAAUACUGGAGAAGAAUCCUGUGUCAGCAUUGAAGAGUCGUCUUCAGGGGACAAGAAUAUCGAAUCUUCAAAGGAUGAAAUAGAGGAUUCCAAUAAAACUAAUAAACUGUCGAGUGAAAAUGCUAGAACUAAUUGGAACGAAGUAGUUGAGAAGCUUUUCAAGAGGGACGAGUCGGGGCAAUUGCUACUGAAAAGAGACACCUCUAUUACUCAAUAAUGAACGUUUUGAUAUUUUUUUUUUCCCUCAUCGAUAGUACAUUGCCAGUGUAAUGUAAGGUUUGGUUUAGAGAUUAAUCUUCUUUCCGCUUGUUGGUUCUUACCAUUCUUUCUUGUACAAGGUCUAUGUACCUUGACAACUGUUGAUGUAUAAUUAUCCUUGGCUUGUAAAGGAUAAUGUACAAUUUGUGUAGUAGCGUAAAGGAAACUGUUCACCCUUAAAAUGA